AUGGCAGGUACGCGGCUGCAGAUCGUCGGUGCCUUCGUGCUCUUUACGCUCAUAAUAACACCCAUGGCAUGGCAUUUGACACAAGUAGAGCGUGUGGACCUUCCUGUGUCACGUAUCCAUCAAUUAUCGUGGCAAACGUCACGUUUUGGUGGUCCAGACACGUUUCAAGUCGACAUUUACAGUCUGAGCAGCUCCAGUCCAGCGAUAUCGUUGUUUCCUCUGCCUUCUAGUGCCUCAAAUGUCGUGUAUGUAACACACCAUUUGGAACUUGAUGAUCAGCAGAAGGAAAUGCUGCAAAACUCAGUCAAACUAGGACUACAGAUCACGGACGACGCUCUAAAGACGCUGAUACCGACAAUGGACAAGCAUUUUAGUGUAUUCUUGUUUUGUGACGAGAAAUUGGCAGGUUCUGCUCCAUUGUUAAUGGUUGGAAAGCACCGGCAUGCGUGGUCAUGGCAAUGUAAAGUGGCUAUGAGAGAUGCAGUGCAUUCUGCCAUUGAAAAGCUCAUGCAGAACCAUGUGUAUCCACUGGUUGAGGCGAGUGUUAAGCAGAAUAUGAAGACAAAGACUGCACGGAGAGCACUGAACUAUCGACUGCAGUUUUCUCUUUUGAAAGAGAAUCCUGUGACGCCAUGGAAGGAGGAUCUACAGACGUUGGUAGACCAGUAUUUGGGCAGAUUUGUACAGAAGGUUGGAGCCGUUGCCAAUUUUAAAGUGGAGACGCAGGUUGUGCAGUAUGCAAGACUGGCAAAGGAGAUCACACCGAGUGCUGACGGAAGCAAGUUUUACAUCAAUGCUGAAGAUCUUAAACAUUUUAAAAGCGCAAACGACUUUUUAGACGCCUCCGUCCUGGAGGAUAGAGAGCAGGUUCUUCACUUUAUGGCUGCUCUUCCUGAUUUUGUACACGCUCCGCUGUAUAUUCGUUCUGCAGGUCAAAAAGAGAAUGAAAACGCCCUCGCAACGUCGUUUGAGCUGCCAGGGUGGGGCAUUGCUGUCAUCUUGAACUCUUAUGCACUCAAUGAAACAUUUACCGGUGACGCAGCUGCAUCAGUGUCAGCAACGAAGGAACGUGAGCUCCAGCGAGUCAUGGGACUUUUUGUCUCGGAGUUUCGCACAUUACUUGGCGUUCCGUCGUUCUGGCAUCGGCAAAGAGAGGAGGAGCAUGUGGCAAGUGACGAUACAUCGAGACAACGACUUUUGUUUCUGCCGUCGCCAGCCGAUGGCAUUGCUGACUGGGAAUUGGAUGUCGUCAUGCGUGAACGAUUUACCAAUCUCAUGCAAUCAGCAAUUGAGACAUUGCAGUCGACUGUGAAGCUUGUGGAAGCACUGCCGGAGCUGAGCGUCCUGGAGCGAGUACAAACGCGAGUGGAGACAGCCGUUACGCGACUUGAGGACAUUCUGUGCGACAGCAUUCAAGAACAGCAGCAAACUUGUGUGGACGCAUCGGACCUUCCUCGUUUGUUGGCUAUGGCCCGUCAAGCAUCCGAGUUGACGAAUGCUGCGUAUUAUGACCAUACGAUGAUCCGUCAACUUUAUUUUCCACAAGGGCAAAUGCUGGGUGUCUAUGCACCACUUCUUGCUCCUCUUCUUUUGCCUUUUCUAUUGGGAUUGAUACGUGAAAUGAAACGUUUUAAGGCGAAGCGUCUCGCAAAAACGGUCAAGUCGCAAUAA